GAUUGGGGUGGAGUCGACAUACGAUACACAGACCCCAGUGGACUAACAAUUAGCGUAGCAUUUUGUGCUUCCCCCUCUCUGGUUUGGUUGGCGAAGGAAUCCCUACAAAACAAGUUGCUAAUGAAAACGAAGAGUUGCUUUUAAACAUUAACAGCAUUUUUAUUCUUUGGGUGAAUCAACGCCUUUGUAGUACUUGCUAUAAUUCAGCUGCAGCAUGGGGGCACCACCGUACGAGGAGAAGGAGACAUGUGGGACCAUCUGUCUGAAGUACCUCCUCUUCACAUUCAACUUCCUUUUCUGGAUGGCAGGGGGUGUGGUGAUGGCGGUCGGCAUCUGGACGCUGGUGGAGAAGAGCGACUACAUCAGCCUGCUCUCCUCGUCAACUUACGCCGCUUCCGCCUACAUCCUGAUCCUGGCUGGGGCCAUCGUCAUGGUGACGGGUGUACUGGGCUGCUGUGCCACCUUCAAGGAGCAGAGGAACCUGCUGAGAGUGUACUUUGUCCUGCUGCUGUGCAUCUUCCUGCUGGAGAUCCUGGCCGGUAUCCUGGCCUACAUCUAUUACCAACAGCUCAAUGAGGAGCUUAAACAGAACCUGCGGGAGACCAUGGUGAAAAAGUACAUGGCGGAGGGACAAGAGCACAUCACCAAAGCAGUGGAUAAGCUGCAGCAGGAGUUUAAGUGCUGCGGCAGCAACGGUUCAUCUGACUGGGCCGACAGCUUGUGGAUCAACACCAAUGAUGAGAAACAGAAGCGGGUGCCAGACAGUUGCUGUAAAACUCAGAUGAAUGGGUGUGGCAAGAGAGACCACCCCUCCAACAUCUACAAGGUUGAGGGGGGUUGUAUCACUAAACUGGAGAACUUCAUUUUGGACCACCUGAAGAUCAUUGGAGCGGUGGGUGUGGGCAUCGCCUGUGUGCAGGUUGUUGGGAUGGUGUUUACUUGCUGUCUAUAUCGGAGUUUGAAGGCCGAGCCAUACUGAUGGUAGAACGAGGAUGGACGGUAUGGAGAAAGAGGGAGGGGCCUCAGCUAAUCAGGGUCAUCAUCGUCUAGGAACUCUUCUCAUCCUGGAGUCCACCACUGUACUGAGCAAUAAAAGGAGGAGGAGCUGUGUAAGAGUCUUGGGUGCAGUAACGACAGGGGGAGGUGGGUGUGGGGAUUUUUGUUCUAGCUUUGCAAAACAGGGGCUUGAUUUUCAAGAUUAAUUUUAUUGGUGCAAUGCUACAACUGAAAAGUGUCCCCCGUCCCCCUGGUAGCUAUCUGGUCUACUUUGCUCUAUAUUUUCUGCAACAGUGGAGCAUUUAGGGAAACCUAGUGUGGUGUAAAGAUCAGUGGACCAAAACAGCCCAUGCAGAAGUUCUUAACCCUCAUGAGAACUGCUUUCCUUUAACAUUGCAAUAAUCUUGACUGUGGCAAUAAUGAGUAAGACCUGACCUCUGGGGCCAAUUAAAACGGCAACACAUUUCCUUUAUGCAUUAAGUAGCUGAUUAUACAUUUACACAUGUAUUUUACACUUUUCCUCUCUCACCUUAUUCAUUUUCAGUUUGUUUUAAUUUGUA